AUGUCUGACACUGAAAUCGAAAACGUCGUUGAGGCCCAGGAGGUCGAGGUUGCCGCUGGCUCCGCCGCCCCCGGUGAGAUCUCCAUCGAGGAGGCCAUCAAGGGUGUUCUCCGUAACGCCCUUGUCCACCAGGGUCUUGCCCGUGGUCUCCGUGAGGCCGUCAAGGCUCUUGCUUCCGGUGAGGCCGAGGUCUGCAUCCUCUGCGAGUCCAUCACUGAGGACGGCUACCUCAAGCUUGUCGAGGCUCUCUGCAACGAGCCUGAGACCAAGAUCCCCUUGAUCAAGGUUGCCGACGCCAAGCAGCUUGGUGAGUGGGCUGGUCUUUGCCAGCUUGACCGUGACGGCACUGCCCGCAAGGUUGUUGGCUGCUCUUGUGUCGUUGUUAAGGACUGGGGUGUAGACUCUGCUGAGCGCCAGGCCCUCCUUAACUACUUCCAGUCUGCUUAA